UUGAAACGUCACGAUACGCUUUGCUGAGCACGUUGCGGUUAUCGUCAGCUCUCAAGCUGCAGCCGCGCGCAUCGCUGGUUUGGCUGAGCGCCUGUUUAAUGUCACCGGAGCUAAAUAUCGCGAUGCGUGUCCUGUACCCGGAGUAUCGAGCCAGGCAUCGUUUAUAGUGGGGAUUUUUUUUCUAUAAGUAAGGCUGCGCGCGCUCAGCGUCGUCAGCAUCCUCUGCUGGAGCCUCGCGCUACUAGUGGCCGCGCAGAUCAGCUCGCGCACCGGAAAGCGAGGGGUGCUUUGGCUCUUCGCUUUUCCUCCGCUGUUUAUUUGUGUCCGUGAGGAACAAGCUUCUGGAAGGAUGUGGGGUCGGCUGGGAGCCGCCUGGAUUUGGGCCUCUUUGCUGGUGGCCGACGUUUUGAGCAGCAGCAAAAGCUCCAACCAGAAUGGCUCAGACGAGCAGAAGGACAACACCACCGUCUUCACCAGGAUCCUUGACAGUCUUCUGGAUGGCUACGACAACCGUCUCAGGCCUGGACUCGGAGAGCGUGUAACGGAAGUGAAGACUGACAUUUUCGUGACCAGCAUUGGCCCUGUUUCGGAUCACGACAUGGAGUACACCAUAGACGUGUUCUUCAGACAGAGCUGGAAAGACGAGCGUCUCAAGUUCAAAGGUCCGAUGGCCGUGCUGCGUCUGAACAACCUGAUGGCCAGCAAGAUCUGGACGCCAGACACUUUCUUCCACAACGGGAAGAAAUCAGUGGCACACAACAUGACGAUGCCCAACAAACUGCUACGGAUCACAGAGGAGGGCACCCUGCUCUACACCAUGAGGCUGACAGUGAGAGCGGAGUGCCCCAUGCAUUUAGAGGAUUUUCCCAUGGAUGCCCAUGCCUGCCCCCUCAAAUUUGGCAGCUAUGCGUACACGCGGGCUGAGGUCGUAUACGUGUGGACGCGCGGUGCGGCUCAGUCGGUGGUGGUGGCCGAAGACGGAUCCCGUCUGAACCAGUACGACCUGAUGGGGCAGACGGUGGACUCGGGGGUGGUCCAGUCCAGCACCGGAGAGUACGUUGUCAUGACGACACACUUUCACCUGAAGAGAAAGAUCGGCUACUUUGUGAUCCAGACGUACCUGCCGUGCAUCAUGACGGUGAUUCUGUCGCAGGUGUCUUUCUGGCUAAACAGAGAGUCGGUCCCUGCCAGGACUGUGUUCGGAGUGACCACUGUGCUGACCAUGACCACCCUCAGUAUCAGCGCUAGGAACUCUCUGCCCAAGGUGGCCUACGCCACCGCCAUGGACUGGUUCAUCGCCGUCUGCUACGCCUUCGUCUUCUCUGCCCUCAUCGAGUUUGCCACCGUCAACUACUUCACGAAAAGGGGCUACGCCUGGGAUGGGAAAAGCGUGGUGCCCGAGAAGCAAAAGAAGAAGAAGGAGUCCCUGCUGAAGAAGAACAACACCUACACUGCUGCCACGGCAACAGCCUUCGCCCCCAACAUCGCCAGGGACCCUGGUUUGGCCACCAUUGCCAAAAGCGCACCCCCACCACCCACCGAACCCAAGGAAGAGCCCAAGCCAAAGCCGCCGGAGGCGAAGAAAACCUUCAACAGCGUGAGCAAGAUCGACAGGAUCGCCAGAAUAGCUUUCCCUUUGCUCUUCGGAACCUUUAACCUGGUCUACUGGGCAACCUACUUGAAUAAAAAGCCCAAACUGCAAGGCGCCCUGCAGCCCCACUAAUCCUCGUGCAUCAUUUUGUUCUCUUUCUUUCUUUCUCUUUCUUCUUCUUCUUCUUCUUUUUUUUUUUUUUGAAUGUCUCUUUACAAGUAAAACAAAAACAAACUGUGUCAGUAGUGGUCGAGUCCCCCAGUGUCCACUUUGCUCCUGUGUAACAUAUCUUCCUAGUUUAAAAAAAGAAAGAAGAAAAAAAAAAAGAUUGGAAAAAAGACUCAAAUCUGCAAUAUGUGCUAAACAUGUGCUUUUUUAAAAAGAAAAUACAUGAAUAUUUCACCUUGAACAUGUGCUAUUAAAAAGGAGAAAAAUAACGCAUACCUGUGUAUAUAUACUGUAUAUAAGCAGUAUAUAUCUUGCGCAAGAGAUCAUUCUACAAACGCACAUACAGUAGAGUUACAAUGGAAAAGGGGAUCCUUCUACUUUUGGUUACUCGUUUAUCUCAACGUCGUUGCAUUACGCUUCCGUCCUGUACAGAGUUUUUUGCAUGGGCUGAACUUUUAUUUUGUUGAUUUAUUUAUUUGUUUUUUGUUUCUGUGACCAGCUACCGUCUGGCGAUCGACUUUAAAAAAAAACAAAAAAACGAUGCUACCUUCAAUCACGGUUGAGUGUUCUUCCAUUCUCUGUAGUAGAUCAGAGCUUAACCCACUUAUGUUUUAUAUUCAAAUAGGGUUUCAAUAGCAAUAAAAACAAACAUGUCUCAGUGGACAAGAAGUCACUCAUUUUAAAGAUAUUAAAGACGUAGAACCAUCCGCUGUUAUGUAUAAGGCUAUUUAUUUAGUUCUAAUGUAAAUAUUACAGAAGUUAGAGAUGUCAGUAUUAAGUUGUGACUAACCUCAGAAAGUGGACGAAGAGAGCCUUUGUGUUUUGCGUUGAGGGAUGUUUGUGUAAAAAUAAAGAAGCUUUUUUUUUUUUUUUUUAAGUAAACGAGUUGGUGACCCGUUAAAUGCCGGUUUAGGUCUAGUGUGGAAGUGUAAAUUAGCGAGACGUCCUCUCGGAGACGUGUUCAGGACGGGCUAGACUUUAAGAGAGAAUGUAAAACUGUAAUAUUGUGGGAAUGCAUUUUAUAUUAAGUAUUAAAUCACAGUUCUUUACGUUGGUUUAUGGUUUUCAUGGCACAGUUGCACGUUAGGGACAUGUAAGAUUGCGAAGACGACGUUGCGUUCUGCUGUUUCUUGCUGCUAGCCGCUAGCGCUGCAUUGGAGAGAAUGCACUGGACGUUAAGAGCAGUGCCUUUUCGAUACUCGCUGAAAGGGAACUUCCUAGGUGGCGCUCUAAUUUCAGGUUUUUGUGCGUUGGUUGUCUCUGGUUGACCUUUCGAAAACAUUACUCAGAAAGUACCAGCUACACUGCCUUUUGUCUCACAUGCCGUUUGAAGAUGAGCCUGUUCUGUUCUGUUCUGGACGCUAUCCGUUGUGAGCCAUUAGCCAUGCAGGCUAGUGCCGUGCUUUUACAGGCUGUACCACAGCGGCAAAUCUGUUUAUUUUCAAUAAGCACUUUACUGUGGGGCGGUGCUCAUAAGGCUACAUAACACCUUUAUGAACUCAUCAUGACAAAUGACACAAACCUUUAUAAAACCAUUAUAUAACUUUAUUAUUUAUUACCUUUAUUUAUUCAGAAUUAUUAUAGAACCAUUUUCUUUACUAAGGAACACUUGAAGAACCACAAAGAGUGUAGUGGUUACGUCCAUUUGGCAUCAAAGGCUUUAUGACAGAUGAUUCCUACUGGAACAAAUUUCGAUAACACUUUACUGUCGGGUGCAGUUCAUAAGGCUACAUAACACCUUUAUGAACUCAUCAUGACAAAUGACACAAACCUUCGUAAACGUUUAUAAAACUCUGCAUAACACUUUACUGUCGGGUGCAGUUCAUAAGGCUACGUGACACCUACAUGAGCUUGUCAUGACAACUGACAUAACCCUAAAUAAGCAUUUAUUAAUGCUUAUUCCAAUCGACAUUGUUCGCUAUAAAUGUUACAUUUGCAAAUUGUGAUCAAAGUAGCAAUUAUGACAUCUUUUUGAUGAAUACGCAUUAUUAAACAUUUAUGUAGGGUUAUGUCAGUUGUCAUACAAGGUUAUGCAGGUGUCAUGCAGCCUUAUGAACUGUACCCUACAGUAAAAUGUUAUCGAAAUUUGUUCCAGUAGGAAUCAUCUGUCAUAAAGUCGUUGAUGCCAAAUGGACGUAACCACUACACUCUUUGUGGUUCUUCAAGUGUUCUUUAGUAAAGAAAAUGGUUCUAUGUGGAACCGUGAGCAUGCAAAGAACACUUGAUAAAAAAGGUUCUUUACAUCAUAAAGUGGUUCUUCAGACUGAUGGAGAAUGUGUUGUGUAUGGUUCUAUGUAGAAAAGGGUUCUCUAUAGCACCAAAAAGAGCUUGACGUUGUAACAAUAGUAUAACUAUUUUGGAUGCUAUAUAGAACCCUUUUCUACAUAGAACCAUACACAACACAUUCUCCAUCAGUCUGAAGAACCACUUCACCAUGCGAAGAACCCUUUAAGCAUGCAGAUGGUUCUUUGAGUGUUCAUAGUUCUAUACAGAACCACAGUCUUUACUAAAGAACUCUUGAAGAAUCAUCUUUGAGUGUAUGCUAUAUGGCCAAAAGUAUGUAGACACUUGAACAGCACACCUGUAUGAGCUUGUUAGAUGUCCCAUUCCAAAACCAUGGGCAUUAACAUGGAGCUGGUCCCCCUUUGCAGCUCUAACAGCCUCCAUCCUUCUGGGAGGCUUCCUACAAGAUGUUGGAGAGUGUCCUUGGGAAUUUGUGUCCAUUCAGUCUAAAGAGCAUUUGAGAGGUCAGACGCUGAUGCUGGAUGAGAAGGCCUGGCUCACAGUCUCCAUUCCAGUUUAUCCCAAAGGUUUUCAGUGGGGUUAAGGUCUCUGUGAGGGCCUCUGGAGUUCCUCCACACCAAACUGGUCACUCCAUGUCUUUAUGGAGCUGCUUUGUGCACAGGAGCUCAGUCAUGCUGGGACAGGAAAGGCUGUUCCCCAAACUGCUGACACAAAGCUGGAAGCAGACAACUGUGUAAAAUGUCUUUGUACUGUAGCAUCAUCACCCUCCACUGGAACUGAGAGCCCAAACCCUUAAAAACAGCCUCAGCCCAUUAUCCCUCCUCCUCCAAACUUUACUCUUGCCACUGUGCGUUCCGGUAGGUAACAUUCUCCUGACAUCCACCAAACCCAGAUUCAUCAUCAGACUGACAGAAGCUGAUUCAUCACUAUAGAGGUUCCACUGAUCCAGAGUCCAGUGUCGGUACUUUACAACUCUCCAGCCGACACUUGGCAUUGCGCUUAGUGAUCUUAGGCUUGUGUGCAGCUGCUCAGACAGCGAGACCCAUUUCAUGAAGUUCCUGACUCACAGUUCUUGUGCUGAUGUUGCUUCCAGAGGCAGUUUGGAGCUCUGUAGUGAGAGAUGUAACAGAGGACAGAAGAUGUUUAUCCCCACUCUGUUAGUUUAUGGUCUACUGCUUCAUGGCUGAGCUGUUGUUGCUCUUAACAGUUCUGUUUCACAAUAAUCACACCUACAGUUGGGCAGGUCUAGCACGGAGACUUGUAGCAAAGGUGGCAUCCUAUGACAGAGCCAUGUUCAAAGUCGCUGAGGUCUUCAGGUCUUCAGUACGACCCUCUACUGCCAGCGUUUGUCUACUGACACUGCAAGGCUGUGUGCUUGAUUUUACACACCUGUUCUCAAUGGGCGUGGCUGAAACACCUGAACUCAGGAGAAGUGUCCACAUACUUUUGGCCACAUCUGACCUGACAUUGAUGGUAUGUCAACUUGGCAUCAAAGGUUAACAAAAGCUACCUUUAUAAUAAAAACACAUACUGGAAUAAGUGUUUAUGAAUAUUCAUAUAGGUUUAUGUCAGUUGUCAUGACAAGCUUAUAUAGGCUUUGUUUAGCCUUAUUAACACUGUCCUAUAGUAAAGUGUUACCUUUGUUUUUUUCUGUAGCAUGAUGUCAGUCCCUUCUCAACAAGCACUUAUGAAACAAAAUCAAACAUGUAAAAGCUCUUUUUUGUCGUUUUGUCUCCUGCGAGAAACACUGAUGUUAUCAUAUCUUAUUUGAAUUACUUUGAUGUAGCAAUAUCAGAAUAGUAAGGGCUUUUCACGAUCAAACUCUCGACUAUGGUCAUUCUCUACAUUUGGGGUCAGUUUAUGUAGUAGCUUUAAAAAAAAACUUUCUUUUUUUUUUUUUUUUGGUCAAUAUUUUUGUUUUUUUUUGUGCUCCGAGUUUCAGUAGCUAUAGUAUAUAUGCUAAAUAUAUGCUAUUAUUAUUAUUGAGAUAAUGAAAUGGUUUAUGUACGGGAUGUUUUGGAUGAGUUAAACAGUUAAACGACACCCAAACCCACUGUAUAAUUUGCUGUAGACGUUUGCUGAAGGAUUAUUUUUUGAGCAAAAUGGGAAAAAAAGGGCGCGACUGGUGACUGGCGAUGAAAUGCACUCUGGGAUUUGUAGGAUGAUCCGUAUGCAAGUGGACAGUGAUAACAUAUUCCAUCAUCAGAGACUGCUUCUUGGAGCCAGACUCUUCUGAAAUGCUUUAUACAAAUGAAUAUAUAUAUAUAUAUAUAUAUAUAUAUAUAUAUAUGAAAAGAGCGUUAUGCCUAAAGAACAAAAGG